UUAUUGCUCUCUGGAGUCGCCCUGAGCAGGAACCCCUCCGUCAUCACUUCCACUUCUCGGCGCUCAUCCCUCCACAAAACAACACCAACCUGGUUUCGCGAUCCAGGAGCAACACCUGCGCUUGACAACGUCUCGAUUUCCGACGCCAUACUCAGUUGAUCAACCAGACCCGACGCGAUCGUAUCUCACACAAUGGCGCAAAUGCGGGGACCCGGCAGCUAUGGCAUUGGUGCCUCGAGCCCUUUCGGAGGACCCGUCAACGACGACACGACCGAGUCCAGCCCUCUCGACGCAAUCCGGAAGCAGACGAGCAAGAUUGAGGACGUCUUGGAUUCUUUUAGCGAACCCAUCAAGCCGUACCUCCCUGCCAUUGGCCGCUUUCUGAUUGUCGUAACCUUCAUCGAGGAUGCGCUCAGAAUAAUGACCCAGUGGAACGACCAGCUGUUGUAUCUUCACGACUACCGUCAUAUUCCCAAUGGCGUCACCCACCUCUUCCUCCUCGUCAACGUUAUCGCCAUGGCCUCCUGCUCCACCCUCGUUAUUAUCCGCAAGUACUCUGAGUAUGCCGUCGGCGGUCUCAUCGGCGUCGUUAUCACCCAGGCGCUCGGUUACGGCCUUAUCUUCGACCUGAACUUCUUCCUCCGCAACCUGUCCGUCAUGGGCGGUCUCCUUAUGGUGCUCUCGGAUUCGUGGGUGCGCAAGACCAAGGCCUUUGCCGGUCUCCCCACGCUCGAGGAGAAGGACCGCAAGAUGUACUUCCAGCUUGCUGGCCGUGUCCUCCUUAUCUUCCUCUUCAUCGGCUUCGUCUUCAGCGGAGAGUGGACCAUCUGGCGCAUUAUUGUCUCGCUCAUUGGCCUUGUUGCCUGCGUCAUGGUUGUUGUCGGCUUCAAGACCAAGUUCAGCUCUACUCUCUUGGUCGUCAUUCUGAGCAUUUUCAACCUUCUGGUCAACAACUUCUGGACUCUUCACGAGCACCACCCCCACAAGGACUUCGCCAAGUACGAUUUCUUCCAGAUCCUUUCCAUCGUCGGUGGUCUCUUGCUCCUCACCAACACUGGCCCGGGCCAGUUCAGCAUUGACGAGAAGAAGAAGGUUUACUAAGGGGUCUACGAAUGAGGAGGUUAAGGAGAGGAAGAUCCGCGUAGGGGUACAUGAGAAUCCCUCGCUUAUUUGAGCUCGGCAAUCCGAGCCAAGCAAGGGUGUUGCCUACAUGGGUUUGGGAGCGAAACGAGCGAAUGGAGACAUGAUAGGUAUGGCCUGCCACGCCGGUCAAUGCUAUGUGGAGGGUGAUUCGAAUCUCAUUUGGGAGUUGAAAAUACGUCACGGGUACCU